AUGGAGGCCAAGAGGAAACACAGUUUAUACUACCUCAUGGCUGAGACUGUUAUUGGAUCUGCUAAUGUUGCACAGCAUGAGAGCUUGAGUUCAUGGCAUAGCAGAUUGGAUAAUGUUGGUGAAAAAGGAAUCAAUGAGCUGGCUAAGCAAGGUGUUAUCAAGAUAGAUGCAUAUGACGGUCUUAAGAAAUGUGAGCCAUGCAUUUUAGGGAAGGCAAAGAAGCUUCCAUUCACUUCUGGAAAGCACACCUCAACUACACCAUUUGCCUAUGCUCACAGUGAUCUCUGGGGGCCAUCUCAAGUGGAGUCUAUGAGUGGAGGUAAGUACUUCAUCUCCAUCAUAGAUGAUUAUUCUAGAAAAGUUUGGGUCUAUAUACUGAAGGAUAAGUCUCAGGCAUUUGGGAAGUUCUAA